AUGGAGCCAGGCUCCUCGCACCUGGCCCCGCCUGAGCUGACGCCGCUGCAGCAAGAGGUGCUGGAGGAAUAUGAGCGGCUGGCGGAGAACAUGAAAAAGCUCGCCUCCACACUCGACGACCUCGCGUCGAAUCCGACGGCGGAAAUCAUGGACGGGCUGCGCGAUCUGGAGCGCAAGACGAGCCUGGCGUUCACGCUCCUCAAGGCCAGUGUGUACAGCAUCGUGCUGCAGCAGGAGAUUGACUGGGGCGGUGGCGGCCAGCAGCAGGAGGAGUAG